AAUGCCAACAACUAUCACUACUACACUCAACCGGUUGAUCCACAAACGCUAGCUGAGGCAGCAAAACAAGUGCGAGCUGUUCGCCAAGAAAAGGAACGAGUAGAAAAUCGUGAGGUCCUACAAGUUCAAGAGGACAGAAAUCAGGGCCGUAACGUAGAUACAGCACGUAGGCAGGAGACGAAACGCACAAACAUCGAAUUUGAGGCUACUAAGAACACUUCACCUCCGAAAACAUCAACUUCAAUUAUUAGUACAGGACUUGGAUCUACUACAUCAUCCUCCACCAGCUUGGUGACAGGAAGCAGCCAGACUAGUCUUAACGCGUCAGUUGGUCCAUGGAAGUCGAAGCUGACCAAUAUCAAAAACUCAUUCCUUGGAACACCACGAUUCCAUCGUCGAAAAAUGUCUAAUGGUACUUCAGAGGACAGCGAUGAUGGUCAGAUGCUCGAUACCACCGACCUUGUGAAGAAAUCGUGGUUCGGAUCACUAACAUCGAGCGUUAGCGUUGAGAGAGAUGACACACAUUGUGUCCCCGUCCAAGGAAGAACUUUGAACACAAUCAAAGCUGAACUUAUUCGAUCAUUUUUAACCAUACACGAGCUUAGUCAUUGCGUUGUUGGCCAAAACUGUUUUCGGGUGGAAUACAAGCGUGGUCCAACGGUUGGAGGAGGUGUCUUCAGCCGUGGAGUGAAGAUGAAUGUGGAUAUCGUCAUGUCCCCCCAAAAGGUUAUCACAGCUGACGGUGAAGCUCCUACGUAUGUGGUCCAAUUCGUGCUUUUAGCAGGCCCUGUCCGCCGAUUCAAACGGCUGGUCGAACAUCUGUCUUCAAUUCUGCAAAGCUCCACUCAACAACGAGCAGAGCGAGCACAACAAGCGGCUUUGAUGGUGAGGCCGCGGCGACUCUCGGACUCAAGUGUAAGUAGUGCGUGCUCCGAUACAGAAAGUUCAAGCAGUGUGAAUAUACUUGGGCGAACA